CUUUGUUUAAGCCUAUUGUCUGCAGGUUUGCAGAAAUCCAUUAAUCGCUUCCAUAGAGUUAUGAACCUAAACACAGAAUGACGGUGAGUGUCAGGAGGUCCCGCUCAGAGAUAUUGAUGUCACCGCGCAAAUGAUUGUGGUCCCACAUGAUAAAAGAUGAUGAUCGCUGCAUGAUAGAGCGGAUUAACGGUUUUUAUCUGGGAUUAAAGACGGAGCCUGUCUAGGUUUCCUAAUGGCUGUGGGUUUAUAUUGCGGAGCUUAAGACCUUCUGAAAGCUCUCCAUCAUCACUUCUCAGAGCUUCACUUCAGUCACCACCGCACAACUUUGAACAUAAGUACUGAACUGUACGAUGACCGGCGUUUUAAUGGGUGUUUUGAAGAGCUGUGCUGUGAUAUUUGUAUUUUUAAACGAGGAAUAUUUUGAAGAAGAUUGAGGACUAGGAGAAGAUCUGCGGCGGAUAAUAUGGAGGAAGUUACAGCCGAGCAGGAUGAGCUGCUUACUAUUGUCAGUAACGGUCAGCGAGGAAGAAUGGAGGACCAGCGCUGCACUUUGACUCCGAUAACAAAAACUCGACAGGUUCACGCCAACAACUCAGAUCCCGAUGAGCUUUUUCAGCUCCUGGUGAAAAGCCAGUGUCAGCGAUUAGAUGAGCAGCGUGUGGCGCACAGUUCAAUGCCAGGAAUGGAGGCGUUCACCAUCAGAGAUCAGAAAGAUGGAAAUAUGCUGAAGACUAACUUUGAUCAGAUUUGCAACAUCGUCAGCAAAGCUCAGAGUUUCAGGAAAAACUCAAAAGGAAGCCUGAACCCAGAGGCCUCAGGCUCUAUCAGAAGAGCGAGCUUCAGUCCUCAAGCUUUAGCUGAUGCAGAAGUUUACAGCACCCUGCCAGCCAGAUCAGCAUCAUUCAACCCCAUUUCAGACAAGAACAACAUGGACUAUGAAAAUGUUCAACGUGAGCAGGACCAGCUGUUGUGUCUAGUUAGUCAAGCUCAGCGUGGACGCAUUGAGGAGCAGCGCUGCUCCAUUAACCCCUUCGCACCUGGACAUUCGGAUAACACUCAGUCAGAUCAAGAGGUGGAGAAGUUUUUUAAACUCAUUGCUAACACCCAAAAUCGACGGUUAGAUGACCAGAGAGCAACGCUCAACCUAUUGCCUGUGGUACAAACGCCUACUGGUAUGACGACUCAGGAGUCAGAUCAGCUCUUCAACAUGGUCUCCAGAUUACAGGGCUCUCGGAUAGAUGAUCAGCGAUGCGCUGCCCCCAAUAUCCAGCUGGGGUCUCCCGCCCCUCCAAAAAAGUCUCUUUCUCAACCCAUAUCCCCUAAUAAGCGCUCGUCUGGAUCCGGAUCACCCAGUAAAUCAUCCAGGAGAUCAGGAUCAUUCAGUCCUGCCUCUGAGGUUCAGAACGCUAUUGAUCAGGACCACUUCUUUUCCCUGGUGCAUCACGCACAGCAGAACCGACUGGAUGACCAGCGCUGCUCAUUUGUGCCCUAUAUAAAGCCUUCCUCCUCUCCCAGUAACCCAGUGGCUAAUCCCAGAGUGGAUGAUCGUGAGCAGUUUUUCAAUCUCCUGGCCAACUUUCAAAGCAAAGGAUUGGAUGACCAACGCGUGGCUCUUAGCGCACUGCCCGGAAUCCAGGCGUCCCACGUUGGAAGCAGGACAGAAAGAAAUAGAUCACCAACUCCUCAAAUCGUCCUCACCCCUGCGUCACCUGCUGCACCAAAAAAAGUUAGCCCUAGUCCUUCGUCUCCAUCUCUGAGCGUCUGUGAGGCGGACAGACCUCCUCCCAGAUCAGCUACAUUCUGUCCGGUGGCAGACUCAGACAGACUGCUCUAUGAUGACCCGAACGCACAGAUAUCAUUUCAGAUUUCCAUGCGCUUCCCUCCACAUCAGACACAUGAUGCAAAUAAUCAGCCGUACGUAUACCCCGAAGUCUUCCUCACUAUCGGUCAGGCAGGAGAGACUAUGGUGCUUCCUCUGAGCCCUCGACCCGGCAGACCGAUGUCUCUCAGCGUGAACCCACCCAGAAACCACCGCUCCAGGUCAUCAUCUCCAAACAGGUCUCCAGGCAGACAAGGGCGCUCCAGACCCUCUUCUCCACACCCGGGAGACACAGUGAAUCUUAUCGGCCCAUAUGAGGACUACUUCUCUCUGAUCCAAAGAGUGCACGGCGCUCAGCUGCAGCAAGCCGACGGACGGGACAGAGCGACAGAGGCGAAAGAAAGCAAAGAGACCCGCAAGGGGAAAGGAAAGAGCAGCGCAAAGAAGGAGAAAAAAGAGGGAAGCAAAGACAAGAAAAAAUAGCACUCUUCAUACACACAUUUUCAGGGAAUACGAAAGUCAGUAUUGGGGAAAUUUUGGAUGAUUAAUGAGCAUUUUUUUUAUUUAUUUGCAAGCUGAUAAAGAUAAAUCUGAGCC